GCCAGUUCCUCCAGCCGUGUUUUCCCCGGAGAUUCAAUUACCGACCACCAUCCAUUAAACCCUCCCAAUAUCACGUCAACUCCGCGGCUGCCAUCCCUUUUUUCUCUCCCUCUUCUGCAUCCUGGCUGUGAAGUGCCGUCUCCUGUCUCUCGCCAUUUAUAAAGCUACCAGCUGGUCUGUGGUUAUCGCUGCCGUCAUACCCCUCUCUACAACACACCGGAACACAUCUUCCGACUUCUCACGAUACUAAAGACACUACCCGUGCAAUCGUAUUAAUAUAUAACAUUCUCUGCCAAUAUGGUCGCUGACGCUUUGGCUUAUCAUCCUACUUUGGCGCAUUACUUGCGCUUUGUUGCAACGACUGUUGGUCGUGACAAAAUCCUCCGUACGCUGCAAUACUUCUCACGCUUUUAUGCUUGGUACUUGUAUCGCACAAACCGCCCGCAGUCCUCUAUCGACCCCUACAAUGCAGUCAAGAAGCAGUUUGGAACAACAAGAAAGAUUUUGAGGAUCGGAAAGUUUGCCGAGCAUCUUAAGGCUGCAGCUGUUGCUGCCGACAACAAGAGCCCCAUCGACCCUGUUCUCCGCUAUCUAGCUGUCGGUCGCCAGCUCGGUUACGCCGGAUACCUGACUCUGGAUACUAUCACCGUUAUUGACAUUAUUGGCUUCCGAAAAAUCGCUGCGGUCAAGCGCUUGCAGGAUACCGCCUAUCGGUCAUGGUUGGCUGGGCUAAUCUUUAGCGCUAUUGCUAGUGCAUACUCCCUUUGGAGACUGCGGGAGAAGGAGAGGACUCUUGACCGCACCGAAGGUGAAGGCGUUGUGGAGGCAAAGAAGCUCGAGAAGGAACGUUCCGCUGCCCGCACCCAGCUCUUCUCGGACCUUUGCGACAUGACUAUCCCUGUUUCCAGCCUGGGCCUUGCCAACCUCGACGACGGAAUUGUUGGCAUCGGAGGUACAGUCAGCAGUUUGCUAGGCGUGGUGUCUCAGUGGCGGAAGACCGCGUGAACGGCCAAAGCUCGGGGAUUUUCUGAUUGAGAUUUCACGGGGCUGACUUGAGGUGGUAUUGGUCUAUUUGCUGACGUCUGCGUUGAUUGGGUGUUGUGUAUUUCUUUCACUUCGUCAAACCUCAGCCUCAGAACAAGAGAUAUGGUGUAUAGGUCCAACUGGAUCAAAGACGAAAUGAAGAUCUAGAUAUAGGCGAACGUUUUGUGUGGCAGGAUUCGACAAGGGAGAUGCGAUAUAGUAGUCUUCGGCUUUCAUGAACAUAUUAUGUAUCUUAAGAGUUUAUUAUAUUUGUUUAGCCUGUUCUUUCAAUAAGUCUUCCUACUGAGGGUAGCACUGUUUG